AUGUUUGUGAUCAAAUCUUUGCUGGGCAAGAUGUGGGGCAACCCUGCUAACCCCGAGAUCAUUCAAAUUCCAGCAGGCCAGCUGUGUUUGGUUCGGCCUGGUAGCGUCAAAGGGUCGAGAGAGUGCAUCUUCAAAGAUGCCGUAGCCACCAUACGUAGGACAGGCGUGGAAUACCAAUACCAGCUAGUUGUCACGAGAGCCUACGAGGAGGGUGAAGAGCAAUUGUUGGACGAUGAUGCAGAGUCAGAUGACGAGCGCGUGUUCCUUAUUGAUGAAGCGCUGGGCUUUCGCUUUGGCUCACUCGACGGGGAUCCGACGUGCUCCUGGAAGGAUAUCAGCGGCGACGAAGGAGACAUGUGGGAGUUUGUGACGAGCAAAUCCGUACCUCGCGCCACAAACAGUCUGUUCGAAUUGACAAUACUCAACUGCGUCUACGAGAGGAAACAUUCUAGGUCCCACGACGAAGCGUCGGACGAGGACCUUCAGCUUCUGCGAGACGGGCCAAAGCGAGAGCAAGCCAUACCCGCACAGGAGCAGGAGGUUGAAGAUCCUUUCAAAGACAUUCCUAUCCUCCACCACACCAUGGCGGAGCUCUACCUAUUCGACACCGACACCGACGUCUUUGUCCUGCAGGAAAAGUCAGUCUCGGUUGAUUUGGCAUCGAACGGAGAAUAUGACGUCUGGAUUGUGGUCAAGCACGAAUCAACACCCUUCAUCUCGAUACCUGUAGACUCGGAAAUGAUCCCCCGGUUCGAUCCAUCAAAUUUUGCAUUCAUGUUCACCUUCCGCGAGCAAGAAGGCCUCCCCGGCUUGACGUGGUGUCUGAAAUUCGCUUCGGCCGACUUUUCGCCCUGGAAGGAGGCGUUCACUAUCUACCUCUGGGAGGGGAAGAACAGGACAUCAUACGGCAAGGCGAAAGCCGACGAGCAACGCUACAUACAGGACGCGUACGAUGAUGUGGAGAUGGAGGAUGCCGAGGCGGAGCAAGAAGCAGAGGAGGAGGAAGCCGAAGAUUCGGCAGAUGCCGACAACUCUGAGGCGGAAGACGAUGCCGAGGGGAUGUCGGACACCUUCCAUCGCGGUAGCAGGAACGAACACCUCGCUGUUGGAUACAAGAACGACCUUUCAUACGUCACCCGAGGCGACAUGAUCGGCGUCUUUGCCCCCAAGGACGACAAACUACGCUUCAGGACGACAAUCGACAAGAUCCAGACUACCGAAGGCAAGAGCUUUGUGCCGCAGAAGGUCAUGCUGCAUAACCAGGACAGCGAUAUGCUCAUGCUCGAUCCCAACAACCGCAACGCCAUCUAUCGCAUGGAUCUCGAGUACGGCAAGGUUGUGGAUGAAUGGAAGGUGUCAGACACUAUUGAAGUGCAGAAUAUCAUCCCCGAUUCCAAAUACGCACAAAUGAAUCCCCAGCAGACUCUGAUUGGUCACUCUCAUAAUGGACUCUUCCGUAUCGACCCGCGAGUACGAGGCAACAAAUUGGUCGAAAGUCAAUUCAAGCAAUACGCCUCCAAGAACGACUUUUCUGCCGCUGCGACCACCGAGUCUGGCAAGUUGGCGUUGGCGAGCAACAAGGGAGAUAUACGGCUUUUCGACCAGAUUGGCAAGAAUGCAAAGACCGCCCUGCCCGCACUCGGUGAUCCGAUAGUCGGCGUCGACGUAUCAGCGGAUGGUCGAUGGCUGGUGGCCACUUGCAAGACCUACAUCUUGCUAAUCGAUACGCUCAUUGGCGACGGACGAUACAAGGGCUCUCUUGGCUUUGACCGAAGCUUCCCCGCCGACAGCAAACCCUUACCUCGGCGACUUCAGCUUAAGCCUGAACACGUUGCAUAUAUGACUGAACCGGUGUCUUUCACGCCUGCUCGAUUUAACACCGGUCCGGACAACAACGAAAAAACUAUCGUGACAUCUACUGGAAAAUACGUGAUAACAUGGAACUUCAGACGUCUAAAGCAGGGUCGCACCGACGAUUAUCAGAUCAAGCAAUACGAAUCCAGAGUAGUCGCCGACAACUUCAAGUUCGGCGCCGACAAGAACAUCAUCGUCGCCCUCGAGCACAACGUCCUCAUGGCAAGCAAGAAAGACCUGCUAAAGCCGUCCCGGGCUUCUCUUGCUCCGCGAGCAUCCCAAUUAUCGACACCCGCGUCCAAGAUCCGAAAGUCGCAUAGCGACGUUGUAAAUAGCCCUUAUUAG